AUGAAUAUAUGUUAUUUAUUUAUUUAUAUGCUUUGCCUGCUUAUGUUCCACGGCGAGUUUUUAUUUUUUUGUAAAAAACAUGAAAAUAUAAAUAAACAAAAGGAUUUGAAAAAAAAUGAAAUAAUAAAUAAAAUAAAGAACAAAACAAAUGAUCUUAGAUAUAUGUUUGAUAAUUUAUAUGUACAACAUAAGAAUACGCCACUUUACAUAUUUCUUAAAGAUCAUAAUGAAGAAAAAAGACAUCUUUUAAAAAAUAUAUUUUUAUAUGGAAAGUUGCAUUCCCUUCAAGGCUUAAAUACGCCUUUCUCGAAAUUCUAUAUGUUAUAUAAGAAUAAGAAACAAAUACCCUCAACAAUAAGAUUACAAAAUAAAAUACGGGAAGAGAAAAAAUUCAUAGAUAAUAUGGAUAAAUCAUCCAAAAAAAAAUACAUUAAAAAUAAAAUUGACGAAUAUAUAAAUCUGAAUACAAACGUCAAGAAGUUAUAUUCAAACAUAGAAGGGAAAAUUAAUUCCUUAGAAAAUUUCAAGGACAUAUAA